AUGUUUUCCCAGGACAAGCAUUACAAGCUCAACCUCCUAACCCACGAGUGCAACGUGACUGCCAAUCCCCGCCCCUGUCGCUCCUACUCUGUCCCCCCAGACGCCAGGUUCAGGGGAACCGCUGAUGUCGGCGCCGCUGGCGUUCCUGACGAACACGUUAUCGUCAACGUCUUCGACGGUCGUGACGAGGAUAACAAUCCAUACUACAUGACAAUGACCGGAGCUGACUGUCUUCCCAUCCAGACAGGUUUCUUCAGCAACGAGACGGGGGCUGUUGUUAGAUAUUUCUACGAUGUUUCCAUUGGUAUUUCUGACCCCGAUGUCUUCAUACCACCCAAAGAAUGUGUCUGAGCUUCUUGCAAUCAUUCUAUGUGUAUUGUGUACAAUAAAAUAUCG